AUGGAAUUUCAUGAAAAAAGAGUGGGCCUAAGGGUGAAAGCCCUAUAUUCAGUCCCUUCUACCUCAAAAGAGCUCGACCUGAGCGUGCAAAACACCAUAACUGGAGUGGAAAGCAAACAAAUCAACAACAUUGAAAGUGUUGGACAUCCCCAUAUGAGUUGGCAGGUUUACCACAUAAGCAUUGUCAUUGAUCUUCUUCAAAACCUUGAAAGGACCAUACUUCCUAGGCUUGAAUUUAUUGUAGGUGCCCACUGGAAAAUGCUCCUGGGCUGGUAUAUAUUUCAUAAAAAAAAGGCUUUUGCAUCAACCACUCUCCUCCUAUUCUUCACAUUUGUCAGCUCUAACUAUGUCCCAUGCCCACCACCACCGACCCACAAACCCCACUCUCCACCACCAACUCCCAAGGGCAAGUGCCCUAUAGAUACCCUAAAACUGGGUGUUUGUGCAGAUGUUUUGGGGUUGGUUAAGGUUGUUAUUGGAUCUCCACCAGUAAUGCCUUGCUGCACUCUCAUCCAGGGUAUUGCUGACCUUGAAGCUGCUCUCUGUCUUUGCACCGCAAUUAAGGCUAAUGUUUUGGGCAUCAACCUCAAUGUUCCUAUUUCAUUGAGCUUGAUCCUCAAUAACUGUGGCAAGAAGGUUCCAAUUGACUUCCAGUGUGCAUAG